UUGGCUUCGUGAGAUUCGGUGCAAGUGGGCUGGCCUCGAACUUCAUGAGUAUUGCAAGCCAAUCGUAACUUUCAGCUGAAGGAUUUCUUCAAUUGCACCUAUACUAGCACUCUCAAGGGCUGCCCUUAAGAAACUCCCCGCGCAGCACGCAUCGUACGCCUGUAACUCUCCACAUACUCUCAGUCAGCCUGUCCGCCCUCAGAUCCUACAUCAUGGCGACACCUGCCUUCGGAGCGCAGGCGUCAACAGAAGCUGAACCUAACAAUGCCGCUCUUUACGAAUCACGAAGACGGCAGACAGUCAGCGGCUCCCAGAUCCUCGACAACAUAGUUACUUUCUCAAACUUUGACCGAGAUGAAGUGGACAGAUUAAGGAAAAGAUUUAUGAAAUUGGACAAGGACAACAGCGGCACGAUCGAACGAGAAGAGUUCCUCUCAUUACCUCAAGUCUCCUCCAAUCCGCUUGCAACCAGAAUGAUAGCGAUCUUCGACGAAGACGGCGGUGGUGACGUCGACUUUCAAGAAUUCGUCUUGGGCUUAUCCGCGUUCUCGGCCAAAGGCCACAAGGAAGAGAAGCUGAAGUUUGCAUUCAAAGUGUACGAUAUCGACCGCGAUGGGUACAUUUCCAAUGGCGAGCUGUUCAUCGUGCUCAAGAUGAUGGUGGGAAGUAACCUCAAAGACCAGCAAUUGCAGCAGAUCGUGGACAAGACCAUCAUGGAGGCGGAUAAGGAUGGUGAUGGAAAGAUCAGUUUCGAGGAGUUCACGCAGAUGGUCGAGAACACGGACGUGAGCAUGAGUAUGACACUAGAUCAAUUCUGAGCUUGAGAUCGUGCUGGUUGCGGUCUGCUCUUGAGUCUAGAACGUACGAAAUGAAAUGCGAUGUGUGAUGCCUGAUGACCAUUGCAAGUGAUAUUGCAUCCAAGAUUGAUGCUUGAGAGGCUGAUCCGUCUGCUUUCGCUUACGCAGGUAUGUGAGCGAUGUGACAUCGAUAGUAACACUUGAAAGCUUGCCUGGCAUCUGCCUCUGUAUUGUUCGACUCUCUAUUAGUGUUCUGUCUUGCAGCUUCGACCUCCGGGCCUUCGACUAUUCCACUGUUGGAUUGAGAACCGGCACUGUGAUUGUGAGGGCUUAGAAUUGCGUUCUAUCUGUUCGAAAUACACAAUUCGAUCCGCAGCUCGCUGUCCACCGG